AUGUCGUCCCAACAGCCCGUGGCCCUAGUCAUGGGUGCUUCCCGGGGAAUUGGUCGCCAGGUGGCCAUAGACUUAUCCAGAAAUGGAUAUGCAGUGGUAUUGGCUGCCAAAACAACCUCAGAUGCGUCCAAAACUACUCCGUUCCCACCAAACCCGAACUCCUCACAAUCCACUAUCAAUACCGUGGAGCGGGAGAUUCGAGAAGCGGGCGGCCAAGCCUUCGCUGUUGCAGUUGAUGUGCGAGAUGCUGCACAGAUUCAAUAUGCAGUCGACGAGACUGUCCGUGUCUUUGGCAAAUUAGACGCUCUUGUGUACAAUUCCGGUGCCAUUUGGUGGUCUUCCGUGGAGAAUACGCCGCUUAAGCGGUUCCGACUGAUGCAGCAAAUCAACCCAGAAGGGUUGUAUGCUUCCAUACAGGCCGCAUUGCCGCAUUUUGGUAAGAACGGCUGGAAAGGGCGAAUUAUUGUCGUUUCGCCUCCUAUUUAUUCACGAUUCUUUCGUGGAAAGACAGCUUAUGCUAUGGGCAAGGUUGGUAUGAGUGUCUUGGUAAAAGGACUGGCAAUGGACUUUCAGCGCCAGGGCCGUACAGAUAUGGCCAUCACCAGUAUCUGGCCUGCCUCGGCAAUUGAGUCAGCAGCUACGGAGAAAAACAAUUCAGGAGAUGUUUCGUACAAAAAGGACCUCCGAAAGCCUGCGAUUUUCUCCGAUGCGAUAUUGAAGAUGCUGCAGGCCCCUGUGACAACGGUAAAUGGAAUGUUAGAAACGGACGAGGAUUUCUUGAGAAAUAAAUGCGGAGUCACCGACUUUUCUCAGUAUUCGGUCAUUCCAGGCUCCACGCCACGCCGCAUUAUGCCUGCGGCGUUUCCUACACUGGAAGUUGCAGAGCAAGAUGAUGAAGGUCAGAGGAUGGAUAGCACUAAGCUACGAGCUAAGAUUUAA